AUGGCGAGCAUCGUCGUCAUAACGACGCAGGACGACGCGGCGCACGCGUUUCCCGAAUCUGCCAUCGACGACCGCCUACUCAUCCCCGGCCUCCCCAACGAAAUCGCGAUUCGCUGCCUCGCCCGCGUGCCCUACAUGCGUCGCCUGCGCCUCGGCCUCGUCUGCAAGUCCUGGCGCGACGCGUUUCGCGGCGGCACGAUUUACAACAUCCGGCAGCGGGAGAAUAUCCUCGAAGAGCUUCUGUGCGUCUCGUUUCUCGACAAGACCCACGGCCGGCUGGUUCUGAAAAUCCUCGACGAGGAUUCGCGGAAAUGGGCGCCGCUUUCGACGGAGUACCGGCAUACCAAGUGCAAGGUGCGCAGCUUCCACUGCCGCGCGUUCCGCCACAAGGUAUUUGUGUUCACGCGCGACGAGUGGGCGCUCGUCAAGGACAGCAACCUCGCCAUGCUCGGCCUCUGUGUGAUUGACACGUGGCAAGAGAAGUGGCUGUGGGUGACGGGGAAGGUGAAGGCGAAUGCCAGCUUCUUGGAGUUCUCUGAGGGGGCAGCUGAGGAUGGUGGUUUGCUGGGCAGCGGGAGGGCUGUUGUUGGUGCAGCAGAUUCUGGGAGGAGACGGAUUGCCAGAUGCCAGUCUGCAAGUGGUUUGAGAUACAGGUGGAGUAGAGUCCAUAUGGCCGUGGAGACUGAUGGGAGAGAGUUAGCAGGAUAUGCUGUGUUUCAAGUGUAA